AUGCUUGCAAAAAGUAACAAAAGACACACAAACAUCCAGACACAGGGACACACACAAAACCCACAACACUCAACACACAAUACAAACACACAAACACAUAAAAACAAACAUACAGACAUACAGACACAAACUCACAGACACACAGACACACAUACACAUACAUACACACAUACAUACAUACAAAUACACACACACACACAAACAAACAAACACACGCAUAUUCCGAUAUGCAUGCAUAGAAGGAACCGAGGCACACAGAAACAUAGGCGCAGACAGACACAGACAUACAUCUGCACACAAAUAGGUACAGAUGCACACCGACAAGACACAUACCAGCAAACAAACAGUCAGCGACUGAAACACAGAUAUAAACGGACAGCGGAUUGGACGAAAUAUCCAAAAAUGAAAGCAUAA